AUAUUUUAAUUUAAGUUUACAUUAAUUCCUUACAUGACACAAUUUUCUUCUUAAAAUAUUUUUUUCCUACUGUGCACUCUUAUACACACUAGCCAUGUCAUGUAUCCCUCCAUGCACCCCUAGCAUUUCCAAGUACCCUUUGAAAAAGUUCAUGUACCCUCGGGUGCACCAAGCAUCCAGACUGGCUAUCUUGGCUGCCAUAGCAUUUAGUCUCCACCCUUCCUCACUCUCUCUUACCUCUCGAAUAAUUCCAUUCUCAUUCUCAGUCAGUCUCAUUCUAUUUAUCAAUACUUAGGAUUGAUCUUAUUCACUCACUCACAUUUUAUCUUUCGUUAACUGUCACAUUAUGAAAUGAGACUGAAGCUAUUAAAUCUACAUUCCUUAGAGAGACGUAGGAAAGAGGGGACCUGAUAGAAGUCUUUAAGUGGUACAGGGGUUAUAACAAGGGGGACGUAAGAAAAAUUCUCGGGAUCAGUAAUCAGGAUAGAAUUAUUAAUAACGGGUUCAAGCUUGAAACGAGGUAGGAUGGAAUCGGUUUUCAAAUAGAGCGGUAAAUGAAUGGAACGGACUCAGUAAUCAGGUUGUUAGUGUUGAGUCACUGGGGAGCUUUAAAAGAAGAUUAGACAAAUUUAUGGACGGGGGCUAUAGGUGGAAAUAGGUAUGUUUCAUACAGGGACUGCCACGUGUAGGCCUGAUGGCUUCUUGCAGCUUCCUUUACUUUCUUAUGUUCUGAUGUACUGAACUGCUUCAAGGAUAACUUUUGAUUAAUACCCCAUUAAUAAUGGAGCUAUGUGAUGCAUACUUCCGUGUAACUGAAUUUAGCCAAGCCAGCACCGAAGUGUAGGAAAGGCUGUGGUAAUCAAUAUGAUGCUGGCACCACCAUCAAGUAACAAUGCAUCUCAUUUGCUCGAGCACUGACAUCUAUUGCUGCCAAAGUGCCCGAGGCCUGCAUUAGUAGCUGGCCGCCCCGCGCCACGAUUACACUGCGUCUUCGCUUCAUGUCCUAGACGGGUGAGAACGAGCUGGAUGGGGGUAUGGUGGCCAUCUUGUGGUCCUCCUUGUGGGUGGUUGUGUGGGCGUGUCUAUGCACCACCCUCGAGGCUAGUCAUGCUGGAAUGACGGCGCGCUCGUCUGACCCCAACGUGCAGCACGGGGAGGGAGGGCAGAUUUUCUCCGACCCCAACAACCUGCCGGACCUCGCUCUGGGGAGGCCUGACUCGAUUGAGACAGACACGCCAGGCCCUCCGCUUAGUCCAAAGGACUUCGAAGAAAGUGGAAUUAUGAAACACAACACCAUAGACACCAGCGUUCAGGCGGACCCCAUCGAGCUGGCCGGACUCUUUCAGGGAGACAUAAUGCUGAACCGCCGGGACACCCUCUCUGACCUGGCGCACGGGGACCCACCGUCGGGCAGGACAGGGAGGAGUGCCAUGAUAGACAUCCACCGCCGCUGGCCCAACGGAAUCAUUCCCUACGUCAUCUCUCAGGCUUACGACAAAUUUGCCCGAGGCACAAUCGCCAAGGCCAUGAGUGAGUUCCAUGAGAAGACCUGCAUUCGCUUCGUCCCUCGCACCAUCGAGAAGGACUACAUCCACAUCCUCAAAGGCGACGGGUGCUCCAGUUCAGUAGGACGCGUGCACGGGGCCCAGGAGGUGUCGCUGGGGCCAGGCUGCCUCUACGUGGGGAUCGUCAUUCACGAAUUCAUGCACGCAGCUGGAUUUUGGCACGAGCAAUCACGCUCCGACCGCGACAACUACAUCACGAUAAAUAUGUUCAACGUCCAGAAGGGGAUGCAGCCAAACUUUGUCAAGUACGGCUGGGACAAGAUCCUCAGCCUCGGCAUCCCCUACGAUUUGGAGUCAGUGAUGCACUACGGCCCCUACGCUUUCGCCAAGGAGAGGAGCCCCACCAUCAUCCCGAGGGAGAGUGGCGCCGAGAUGGGCCAGCGCCGAGGCUUCUCCAAGCAUGACAUUGAGAAGUUGCAAAAGUUAUAUAACUGCGCCAACACCUCGACGUUCUACACCACCACUUACUCCCCUAUCAUUGCGGCAGCCACGGAGGAGUGUGCGGACAACGACCAGAAGCACUGCCAGACGUGGGCUGACCGCGGGGAGUGCGAGGUCAACCCCGUGUGGAUGAACAUCAACUGCAGGAAGGCGUGCCGGCAGUGUGGUGGUGGUGCUGCAGGUAAGGAGUGCCAGGAUCAGUGUGUUUACUGCAAGACUUGGAGCCAGGGUCAGGAAUGCACCAAGAACCCCGAGUAUAUGACCAUCUUCUGCAAGAAGUCCUGCGGUCUCUGUCACGAUCACACGGAAGCCACGGAGUCUCAGAAGCGAUGUGAGGACAAGAACAGAUAUUGCCAGUCUUGGAGCAAACUGGGCCAGUGUCACUCCAAUAAGAAGUACAUGCUGAUCUACUGUAAGAAGUCCUGUCGCGUGUGUCAGGAGAAGCUAGCCUUGGGCAACCUCCUCGCUUGACCUUCAGCGGCUGUUCCCGUGCAUCUGCCGGACGUGGCUCUGUCCACCACAUUUCACUCCGGUUGUAUUUUCUAACUCUUCCUGCGUCCUCACUUCUUCCGUCAUAAUGGAUAAUGCUUAUUAGGGUUUUGGUGCUGGCUGUAGCGAGUUCAAAAAAUGUGUUGUCAUUUUUUUUUUUUUUUUUAACUGUGGUACUUUUUUAAAUGUUUGUGUUUUUUAUACAACCCCCAUAGUUUGAAAAGCGCCUGGUUAGAUUUUUGGAAUGAUUGUCAAUACGAUCAUGAGUGCAUGUUUAUUUAAUGCGUCCAGGAACAUUUUGAAACCUUUUCAUUUAUUUCUCCUCGGCCAACUCUUGUUAUCCUUUGUGCCCUCUGUAGUGGACUUCGUACGGUGAGUGCAGUUAAGGAUUGCGCUGUAUCUAUCACUGAUAUGAAAUGAGUGUGCAGGGCUGAAUAAAGUGUAUAGACCAACACGAG